AUGGCUCGUAAGCAGCUGAAUCUGGCCGCGUCAGUCGGCGGUCGAGCAGACAGCAGCAACUGCGCUGCUCCUGCUCGUUGGAGUGGCGCCCGUGGCAACACCACCGCCGCGGCUGCUUCCCUGCCGGCCUCGGGAACCUCCAUGGCUGACCUCACACAGCGCCGCCCCGUUCUGGCCCCAAACGCGCAGUCCCGCACCAUUCCUCUCCACCUUGCACCGCUGUGGCCUUCACUUGCCUCCUGCCUGUACUCCCAGUCCCAGCCACGGGCGACCUCCUCCUCCGUGCUUGAGAACCCCAUCGCCUCGGCUGACCUCUCGUGGUUGGACGAUGCCAGUUGUAGGCACACUGGAGGUAUUGGUGGUUGUCUGCUCGCACUUUCCAUAUGGAGCUGGGAGCGUCUGCUGGUUGGACGACCUAAGACCGUGAAGUACGAGGAUUGGGACGAUAAAGACGACCCACUACGGCUCCCCACUUGGGCUUACAAGUGGGAUGUGUUAAAUGAGACGACGGAUGAUCCCUCUGUAAUGUACAAGUUGUACAAGAGCGAGCUGGACGCGAUCACGCCUGAGCAGGUGGAAUGGGAGCCGUAUGGAAAAGGAGAGAGUUUUGGUAACCCUUUAGAGUUCAGGCUUAAUCCGAUGUGCAUUAGGGAUAGGGAUCUCUGGCAUAUGCGGUGCCCACUGAUAUGCAACUGGGCGGUUGAGCUUCACCUGCCACAUCGGGUGUUCCGCCAGUUUGGUUUGUUCCAGCCACACCCGCCGGAGUGGGAGGACACGGACAAGUUGCUACACGCGUUGGAUAGGAAAAAGCAGCGGAAGAUCAAGGAUUGGGCCAGCCAUCACAGGAAGUAUGUCGUGCAGUUCGCUCUUAGUGUGGAGCAAGCAAGGGCUGGAAAACGAGCCCAGCUUCGUGAGCACUGCCCGAUCGCGUUCAACAACUAUCUCGCAUGGUUUCUUGCAAGUACCCGCGUGGAGGUAUGCCAGCCGGCGUAUGCUGAGGAGAUUAUGGAAGAACCCACCGUUUUUGAUGAGGUAGCCCAGCACCAGUACAACGCAUUAGUCAGGAAAGGCAACUCGGUGAUCCCAUCAGCUCCAAUGAUGAACUUUGUGCGUGCCCAGAUCAAGAAAGCAGCUGACGAGACCGAGACUAUUCUGGAAACAACCCCGGCUGGCAAAAGCGAUGGGGAAGGUGCACUUCGCGAGAAUUCAUUAAGGUUCACAUCUCCUUCAAACUAG